UAGGACGGCCCCCUCGCAGGGCCUUGUCCAGCUCGAGCAGCGCCACUGCCGGCAUGCCUGCCUUUCCUUCCCCUGCAGCGUCAUCUUCUCAACCCAACCAGCGGCAGCAGUAUGCCUUCAAUCAACAGCAGCAGGAGAAGCGAGCGCAUAUGUACUCCCACUACCACUACCACCAUCAACAGAAACAGCAACAGCAACAGAAACCUCAACAGCAACAUCCGCAGGAUGCAUACAUGAAUGGGGCGCCAGGCCCAAGCAACGACGCGAGUCUGGCGGUGGCGUCCUCCUCCUCCUUAACAUCAGCAGUAGUAGCAGCGUCCUCCUCCACCUCCACUGCGACGUCCUCUCGCCUGCUCGCUUCCGAUACAGCCGAUACUCCGUCCGCGUCGACGACCGCAUCAUCCACAGCCCCGUCAUCCAACACGCGCGCGACGAUCAACGACCUGCUAGCCAGCACGGGCUACGCGUUUCACUCGGCGUCCGGCGCCGCGCCGUCGCAGCAUGGGGCUCACGCGUCGCACGGCUCAUCCGUCGUCUCCGCCGCAAACAUGUACGCCACGAGUGUCGCGCUGGAACCCCAGCUCGCCAUACCGGCGCAGGGGUAUGCAGCGCCGUCAAACGUCGUCAACGGUGCCUCUGCAGGAGAUGGGAAAGGCGCCGUAGCCGGCAUGGCGGAGCAUGCAGGCAUAAAUGGGAAUGGAUCCGAUACAUUCGCAACAGCAGCAGCAUCGUCGUCAUCAUCAUCCUCAGCAGCCGUGGUACUGGGGUCUGGAGGGAGCGCACAAAAGGCCGGCGCGAGCACAUCGGCGGCACUUCCAAAAACGGCAGCGGACCUCCUCAAGGAGGGACCGCGGGACUUCCGCAUCAUCCGUGAUGUCGGCGACGGCUCGUUCGGCACCGUCUUUCUCGCCGACUGGCGCUCGCCCCUGCCGAGCGGCACGGACCUCAGCCUGAUGCAGCACCCCAGCACGCGCCCCGAGUUCUCCGGCAGCAGGCUCGUGGCGAUCAAGAAGAUGAAGAAGCAGUAUCGCAACUGGGCGGAGUGCUUGACCCUCAAAGAGCUCAAGUCUCUCCUCGCCAUCCCGCCGCAUCCGCACAUCAUUCCGCUGUACGACGCCUUCCUGCUACCCACGACCCACGAACUGCACUUCGUUUUCGAGUGCAUGGAGGGCAACCUGUACCAGCUGACCAAGUCGCGCAAGGGCCGUCCGCUGGCACAGGGCCUCAUCGCGACCAUCUUCCGGCAGAUCGUCGAGGGCCUGCACCACAUCCACACGCACGGUUACUUUCACCGCGACCUCAAGCCGGAGAACCUGCUGCUCACCACGCUCGGCCUGUCUGAAUACCCAUGCCCUGGGCGGACAGAUAUCAUCGAGCGCGAUGUGCUCGUCAUCGUCAAGAUCGCGGACUUUGGCCUGGCGCGCGAGACAAGCAGCAUCCCCCCAUUCACCGAGUACGUGUCCACGCGCUGGUACCGCGCGCCAGAGGUGCUGCUGCGCGCGCGCGACUACAGCAACCCAGUCGACAUCUGGGCUGUCGGUACGAUCAUGGCCGAGAUCAUCAACCUGCGUCCGCUCUUCCCCGGCUCGAGCGAGGUGACACAGGUGCUGGCCAUCUGCGAGAUCAUGGGCACCCCCAGCGACGACUGGCCCAGCGACGACCGCGGCAAGAGAAUGGGGGGCGGCCCUUGGCCGCGCGGGUUCAAGAUGGCCAGCGCGGUUGGCUUCCAGUGGCCGCAGUGCAAGCCGGUGCGCUUGGCCAAGCUUUUCGGCAGCAGGACUCCGAUGAGCCUAAUCGAUUGCAUCAGCUCUCUGCUCCAGUACGAGCCCAAAUCGCGCCUCACCACCGCGGGCCUCAUGGAGCACCCGUACUUUGAGCGCGACGCCAAGUCGCUCCGCCCGAUCGCGUCGCGCUCGAUCAUUCCCAAGGACAAGAUCCAGGCGGCCCAGGCGCUCGGCCACGUCGUGCCCAACCUCGCUAAGAUCGACGACGAGUCGAUCAAACAAUCCUACCGUGCCGCUGCCGAGCCCCCGCGCGCGCUCCCGCCCAGCCACGCCUACUCGCAUGACGAGCGCAAGCCCAAGUUCGGUUCCACCAGCCCCGACCUCGCCGCCAGCCAGACGGCCGGCGGUUUGCUGCCGCAGCGGCAGCAACAGGAUACCGAUGAGACCAUGCAUGUUGCGCAGCCGCACCACGCACCCUUCUACCCUUCCGCGCAGGAACAGCUGCACGUACAGGCUGGCGGUGCGAAGAUGGAUGCAACCGGCUCACAACUGCUGUCGUGCGCGCCGCCCUUGGGGUCUGCACAAGCGCUCGAGCAGCCCGGUUUACCCAUGCAGCUCGGCGAUGAUGCGCCGGUGCGUGUCCCGCCGAUGCACGCCAACGGGACGCUGCUCGAUGUACAGCAGCACGCCGCCGACCAGCGCACCGUGUAUGACGUCGACUUGCCUUUGCCGGCCCAGCACGCCGGGGGGUCUGCGUCUGCUGCUACCAGCGGCGGCGGUGGCAUUUCGCCCUCGCACAGCCAAGUUGGCCUCUGGGCUAGCCUGCAUGCGAGCGCGAGCACCAUCGGCAGCGCUUUCCUUGGCACCUCGAGCAGCGAACACAUUGAGCAGAAGGGCAACAACUAUGGCAGCAAUGAGACGUUCGAUUCGGCCGACCGUAGGCGCCGCAAGAUGGGCAAGUGGGUCUCGCGCGUCUUCAAGGACAGAAAGGCGGACGAACUGGCUGCCUCGGAUGCAUCGAUACGGAUACCCCAGCAGCAGCAGCAACAGCAACAGCAACAACAUCCUUAUCAGCAGCACCCAUCCGUUGCUUCGCUCGUCCCGUCCAUGCAAGCCAGAGAUCCAGGCAGCAGUCCUUAUGGACGCGGCAAAGGCUAUCCGAGCGCGAUGGACUCGCAAGUCUACUCGGAUGGGGAGGACAACGAGUCACUGUAUGAAGUGCUUGACGAGAGCCUUAGCGCGCGCGUCGGUGGGCCCGGCGAGAAUGUCGCAAGAGGACGCGCAAGGGGCGUCGUCUCGAAGCGCCACGUACAGUGGACGACAGGCGAGCAGCUGGACCCCAGCAAGCUCGGCUCGGGCUUCAUGGACGCCCUUGUCAAUGGCUCGCUGUCUGAAGGAGCGGGAAGCAUCGGCGGCGGUGGUGGUUCCGAGUCCCGCCAGUCGCUUGCUGGCAGCAUCGCGACGGUAGGGGACCUUCAGCACAAUCCACGCGCUGCAGAUACGGCCCCCUUCCCUUACGCCGACCAUCACACAUUUGAGCCAAACGAGCUGGCGGGUUACGAGCGGUGGGAGCGAGAGCAGGAGCGGCGCCGCCGGCAAGACACGGCCGGGUCGUGCAUCACGCACCGGUCCAACGACAGCGACCCCGGUCCGCACCGACGACAGUACCCCUCGCGCAUACAGCGCGGCAACUCGGCCGUCUCACAUGGCUCACAGCCUGGCAUUAUGGACCGCAGGGUGCGCGGCACGACCGGCGGCAGCACGCAGUCUGACGCAGCGAGGUCUGUGCAUUCGCUUGAUCAAGAUCUCAUCGCUGAUAUGCGCAGCAUGUUCCCGCGCGACAACAACUCGGCGUCGCAGCAUGCGCCUGCGCGUCUCGGCACGGGGCGGCAGAGUCGCGGUAACGGAUCGAUCCGUGCUGGAUCUGCUUCGCCCUUGCACCACUCUGUGAUCGCCGGUCGCUACCACCCGUAUUGCGGGGGCGGUGGUGGCGGCGUGCCGUCGGGAAGGCCAGCAUCAAAUGGGCCUGUCACUUCUGGAGUCCUCGUUGCGUCGCCCUCGCACAAUCCAUAUGGAUUUGCGCGAGGUCCCGAUUACCGCACAACGUCCAGCGAGAUGAUCACUAUGCAUCGGUCCGUCCUACCCAAGCGCGGACUUUCGCAGAAUGACAUCCCGCCAUCACCUCAAUCGUACGAACUGCUCGGGCACCAACACCCUUCUUCGCAGACGCAGCCGCUGGGCCCGCCCGCGCCACAGCAUCCGGGCUACGCUCCGCAUCAGUCGCAGCUCAACUCGCCACCCUCGCGCCUUGCGCCGCAGCUCGAGGUGCAGGAGCUGAAAGGCCCGCUGCACUACCCGCGCGCCGACCGCGCGGGCGGCAGUGCAUACGAGCUGCUGCGAUCGCUCAAUCAGCUCCCGACGACAUAUCUAGGCAAUCAGGCUGUCUCGUCGGUGCCAACGCUGCCGUCCUUUGCGGAAUUUGCGGCAGGUGCGAACAUACUGCAACAGGACAGUAAAAUGGACUCGUAACGCGUGCGCGCCUGUGCUUCUCUCUUCCUCCGUCCUUCCCCUCUCGCUCUCGCAUGUAUCUCGUAUCGACCGGGUUGUGCUGGAAUUCUCUUUACCUCAAACGUGACGCUAGCUCCUUUAUACCUUGCUCCCUUUGUCAACUUGCAGACCCUCCUUGCAUCGGCCGGUAUUCCAACUUGUACGCAUAACAUAAUGUUCGAUCAUGCAGCAGCAAUUUCACGUCUGUCCUAAUCAAAAGUUUCCCAUUGCUUUCCACUUGGCGCUUGGGAUUCUAGACGUAUCGUCCAUAG